UCAUAUCAAAGAGACCAAGGAAAACUUGCCGAGUUGAACAGCAUAAACAAAAACUAUGAACAGCAUGAUUAAAGCCUGAUACACCAUGGAACUGAACUCUGUAGCAUAAUUAUGUGAAGUGGAUGAAUACAAGCUGAAACCAUGAAUGAACUUGACAAUAAGAUGAAAUCCAAGCCUGAUUAUAGUUCAAUACAGUUCUAGUAUCCAGUCCCUCAGUCUGUGAUUCUUUGUUUUGCAGAAUCAUAAAUCAAUAGUACAUGGAAUUGUUAACUUGAUCUAGAAACUUUGCCUAACAUGGAUUUGAUACAUUUGCUAUUAUGCUUGAUUGCUACCUACUACUAAAUUAGUUUAACUCAACAUGCAACUAUGCAUAGUUGGUAACCACCUGCAUCUUUUACUAGUAUAAAACGUACCAAACUAUCUAAUUGGCAUGUAUUCAUAGAUUCCCUGAGUUACAUAGUGAACACAUCAGGAUUGGUGAGAGUGUUGCAACUCUUAUGUGGAAUAUACUAUAAUAAGGGCACCGAUUGUCUGGUAUUGUGUUGUGCUUGUACUUGCUGUUUUUUUUUUCCAGUAUGUAGUCCACAACAAUUUGAAUGAGCCAUUUCGGAUUUUCCUUUUUAUGAAAACCUUCUUUGUUUAGUUCAUUACUUCCAAAUUCUACCAAGAGUUGCCCUGCAGAGCUUACAGGCGGUCAGGUAGUUGCUUCUUAUGUUCCUUCCAACAGUAUUGGCCCCCUGGUGUAUAAAGUUCUACUGUACUUUCUGUGAGCACUGAAGAUCACUUAAAAUUCACUCUUCUAUUGAACCGGUGAUGAUGGAGGGCUCCGGCACUCUACUGAGGUAAGCAGUUGAAAUCUCCAGAGGGCAGAGAUCACUGGUCUGCACUAACAUAUUUGUGUCUGUUAAGCACCAUUGACACUCAAAUGUCUGAGCAAUCGUUAAGCAUCUUAGAUUGGUAUUUCAGCCACGUUUUGGAUUAAGAGGCUGCAUAUGAAGAAUUGAUUGUCGAGCUAAGAAAAUUGCAUAUAUGGCAACACAACUCUGGUUACUUUGAUUGUAGUAAUGUCAGUUUAAUUACUCGCUGUUCUGGCAUUCAGCAACGGCUGACAGGCUGAGUAGGUGCUGUAAUUUAAAUUCAUUUAAUCAUUUCUUCAAUUGCUCAAAGAAAAGAGAAGAAGCCACAAUAUAGCUAUUAAUAUUAGGAUUGAAACAGCAGGAUGGUAUUAUUAACCUAUUAGCAGUUGACAUAAAAAUGUAUCCUAUGAUUCGAUGCAGCAAGUUACUUCUAUUUCUGUCGAAUUUGAUUUGUUCAAUGCCUGCUGAAAAAACUCGAUUUCUAAUGCCUGCUUAUAAUUUGACUGGUAGGAAAGAAAUUAUUCUGGGUCGUGAUGAAUUGCCUUUUGGGCGCUGUUUGACAGUUUGAGACGGCAUGAUUUUGGCAAAUCAUAGCUGCUGUGAUUCCCCUUGGUGUGCCCCUUCACUGAAAUCACGAAAUGCCAUAGUUGUCUCUAACCUAGAUGGAAGAAACUCUCAUUAAUCUUUUGCACCCAGACCACGACAUGAAAACAGAUUUCUGUUUUAAUAGCAAUACCUGCCAAGGCGACCAAUCAUCUGAUUCCUACUAGUGCUGCAGCCUGCAGGCUCGAGUCCUGCCCUGUCCAUGGAGCAGGUAAAGCUACUGCAACUCUGCGAGUACUCGGGUCGGGCACAAGGCGAUGCCGUCAGAUUCCAGCAAGGGAAGGGAGAAAAAACGAGGGCCGGCCGAUGCGCUCCGAAACGAAGCAAUCCGCGCGUCUCCUUUUCCGGCUCCCCGACGAGUCACGUACACGUCAGUCUCCACCACCACCGGCACGGCACGGCACGACACUGCCCCCCACCGCUGGCGCACCCAGCGCGCGCGCGGGCACACGGCCGAAACCCACCAAAAAACCGAUGGAAAAACACGCCCCGCCCGAAACACCAAUCAUCCGCACAGCUGCACAGGCAUAGCAGCACGUGAGAAAACCGGGCUGCAGCGUGUGUACGUUCGCCAUCGAUACCGCGGCGAGCGGGGCGGGGGCGACUAGUCCAACUCCAGCAACGGGCCAACCAACCACUAGUAGCUAGGGAGCCGGAGCCAGGAGGAAGCCACCAGCCCGGCCAAGCCAGCCAGCCACCCCUACCAACGCGUCCCGUGCGAGGAGAGAGAGGUUGCAAGCGAGGAUAAAGCGCCCGCACCUCGCCGUACUCCGAUCCGAUGCUUCCCCCCUCCGUCCCCUCGUAGCCUCCGCGUUCCCCCGUCCCCGUCCCGGCGCGCGCACGCUCGCCCCCCUUUCCGUUUUCGAGCCGAGCUCCUCGCCGCCGCCUUCUCUGACCUGCGCGUGGUCGUAUAUAUUAAACCGAUUCAAACCCACGGGGUAACCACUAGGCGCUGGAAAGGGAAACCACCAGAUAAGCUCUGGAGCUGGUAUUGGAUUAGUGGGUGGUGGUGGUGGUGGUGGUGCGAGGCCGUCGCUGGGCGGUGCUGGUUUUCUCGCGCGGCUGGUGCGAUCGGAGAGGGAUGGGGAAGGGAGGGGAAGGGGCGGUUCCCGUGGGGGAGAGCGGCGGGCGGCGGCGGAGGAGGCCGGGCGAGGACGGAGGCGACGACGACGACGAGGAGUAUGUGGUGGAGGAGGAUGAGGAGGAAGAGUGCGACGAGGAUCUGUCUGCCUCGAGCGCCGGCGAGGGAGGAGAGGGCACAGACGAGGAAUACGAAGAGGGUGAUGAGGACGAAGAGGAGGAUGAGACCCCGCGGCCGAGGCAGCCUGUCAAGAGCCGCGAGAAUGGGCGGAAGGGGAAGGCAGACCCACCCGUUGCGCGAUCUCGUCGACGUAAGUACGAGGAUGACGAUGACUACUCGGAAGAAGAAGACGAUCGGGUCGACGAGUACGGCGAGGAUCUUGAGGAGGAGGAAGAGGAUCUUGAGGAGGAGGAAGAGGAGGACGAUGAGGCGCCACGAUCCAAGCGCAUGAAGAAACGUGGUGGCCGCAACGUGGAGGGGAAGCUUCCUCUGGAGCGAUCAAAUCGCCGGAGGUAUGAGGAGGACAUGGACUUUGACCCUGACAUGGAUGAGGAGGAAGAGGAGGAGGAUGUUGAUUUCGAUCCUGAAGUGGAGGACGAGGAGGAAGAAGAUUUUGAGGAUGAGGAAGAUGAUGAAUUGGAAGCGACUAAGGUGAGGGUUAAGAAUAUGGGGCGGCGAAAGUCUACUUUGAAUCAGCGACGAGGGAAGAUGAAGAGCAGCUCUAAGGUGGCCAGUCGGAAGGUGGGUUCAGUCAAGGCAAGGAACGCUGCGUCUAUAAGACGGAGGCAGAAAAAACGUUCAAUGCUUGAUCGUUAUGAGGAUGACGACUUCAUUGUGGAGGACGAGGUUAUGGCUGAUUGGCAACCAAGGAAAAAGGCUAGAAUUAGGAAGCAGAUGGAGGUUGAUCCUCCGACACCAGUUUUUGAGGCUGAGAUAUGGCCUACUAUUGAUUCAGACACGACAGACUUCGAAUUUGUAACAUCCGAUGAGGAAGCAGCCAUUGCUGAGCCUACUAGGGUUAUUAAGAAGGGGAGGAAGAAAAGGGUAUUUGUGUCAGAUUCAUCCUCAGAUUCUGAAUUCGUUGUAUCAGAUAAGGAAUUGGGGAAUUUGAAGGAGUCUGAGCCUCCAGAGUCUCUGAAAGUGCUGCCUUCAUCACCCAGGAAGAUUUCUGUUACAGGUAAUGGGGAGCACAAGGGGAAGGAGAAAAAGGAACCACAGGAGGCUGGAAGGGCAACGUGCGGGAUUUGCCUUUCUGAAGAACAGAGAGUGACUGUGCAGGGUGUGCUGGAUUGCUGUUCACACUAUUUUUGCUUUGCAUGCAUCAUGCAAUGGUCUAAGGUUGAGUCAAGGUGUCCGUUGUGUAAACGGCGGUUCACAACAAUCACAAAGUCGUCAAAGGAGGAUACUGGUUUGGAACUGACAAAUUCUGUAAUUAGGGUUGAAGAACGUGAUCAGGUUUAUCAGCCUACGGAAGAGGAAAUAAGACGUUGGCUAGAUCCAUACGAGAAUGUUGUGUGCAUAGAGUGCAAUCAAGGUGGUGAUGACAGUCUCAUGUUACUAUGCGAUAUUUGUGACUCCUCAGCACAUACUUACUGUGUUGGUUUGGGAAGAGAAGUACCUGAAGGAAAUUGGUACUGUGGAGGUUGUAGACUCGAUGGCGAAGCACAUUCAUACCAUAAUCAUGUGAAUGGCAAUUCUGGGAUGUUUGGUGCAAUUUCACCAAUUGGCACUUUUGAAAGGCAGGGGAUUGAUCUAAAUGUAUCUCCAAGAGAGAUUCCUAGGGGAAAUCAUUCUGUUGAGUCUCAAGCUUCUACUGCAGGAGCAUCAACUCCAUCUGGAAGGCAGACAAACGCAACGAAUUUUAGAAGACGUCAAAUGCAUGACUGGAUACGCAGUUUGCUUUCUAGACCAAGGACAACACUUGGGCCAGUUAUGCAUCAUAAUGGUGUGCAUCAGAGUGGUUUUGUACCAAGCACUGAACCAGACCACAUGAACUUUUGCGCACCAUUAGAAUCUGACACUUUACACAACACUGGGUCUGUACCACAAAGUGAACCAAGCCAGAACUUCCAUGUUAUGUCAGAAGCCAACACUUCAGAGACUUCCUUUGGAAGGCAUGCAGCUCUUUCUGAAAGACGUCAAAUUUAUGAACGUUUUUUCAUGUUGCUAUCUAGACCAAGCCCGACUAUUAGACCGGACUUGUGCCAUAAUGCCUCAGAGCAUGGUAGUUCUGUACCAAGAGUUGAACCAAACCACAUGAACUUUCAUGCUCCGCCAGUAGCCAACAGUCCACAAACUCUGCUUGAUGGCAUUCCAAACCGCAGCAAUGGUUUUUCUUUUACUCAGGCUCACAGUAAUUUUGUAGAUGGAAACAACUUCCAAGGAACUGAAGGUGUCUAGAGCAACAGCAACUUGUCAAGCAAAUAUGUAUGCAGAGUACAAGUACUUGCUAGAAGAAACCCACAAACAUAUUCAGGGGAGUAAAAUGUGCCCAUCGAUGAGAGGCUUAUGGAAAUCGAGACAAGGGGACGCUGGUUGUCAUCCCUUCAUGUCCUCCUAGCAAUUGCUGUCAUUCUCCGGGCAAUUAUUCUUGUUGAAAAUAGCUGUUCAUCAUGCUGCUUAUCUGUCAGCAAUGUGAUCGAUGACAUAAACGGCAUGCUUUUGUAAAGUUUUUCUGUUUUAGACUAGGCAUUUAUAUCUGCUGUUACUGCCAUUUGUUCAGUCGUAAAGGCGACCUAAAAGAUCACACAACGGCCAAGAUAAUUUGGAUAGCUUAGAAUGUAUAGAUUGUGCCAUUGGGGAAAUCAGGUUUUAGGAAGGCCAUUCAUUCUGUUGACACGCUCUUUCGCCCAUGAAUAUUUUUUUUUCUAAUUGAAUUGCCCUAUUUGUCUCA